GGUUGAAAUGUCCUGUCUGGAUGAGGUGCCCUUUAAGAUGCCUCUUGGCUUUCUUGAGGAUGCAAAGGAAGAGGUGGAGCUCAUCCCAGCUCCAGAAAUCACUCUGCCUGACUACCUGAAGAUACUGCAGGAAACUGAGUAUGUGUUCAGCCUGGAGAACUGGGUUCUCACGGGUCUCCAGGGCGGCUAUCCAACCCUCAGUCCCCGCUCUUCCUGUGAGCCUACAGCGACCUGUCCUCCUUACUGGAUGAUGUUCAGCAGCCCUCAGGAGAGCAGGUUAGCCAGCCGCUGGAGCAGUGACUUCUGGGAGCCCAACCCUCGUCCCCGAAGCCGCAGCUUAAACGCUGCGCACUACCACACGAUGAACGCCCAAGUCAGAUUCACCAUUUCUGACUCGGAAGAUGAAGAAUUUACAGAAGAAGAUGGUCUUGCUGAGGGUGAAGCACAGUCCAAACAGGGUGGUUCGGGUUUGCUAAGACAAGGACCAGGGUUGAAAGACUUGCACACUUGUGGAUCAUCAAACUUCCUCAAGCUGCCUUCACUUUGCAGCCUCUCCACACAGCUCCAGGGGACGUCGACUUCCCUCUGCAGGUGUAACUCACCCAAAAGAAACUUCCAGAGGAGUCAGAGCUCUGCUGGUCAUACUAAUGCAUCUUCCACAAUCUCUUCCAACAAUUUACAGUUUGAAUGCAUCAACAAUCCCACCCCAAAGGCCCAGGGUUCAUUCUCCCCCCUGGCCCCGUCACGGCCACUCAAUUCCCACGCUGCCGUCCUGGACUCUUGGGUCGAGCUGCUCUCCGCUCUGAGCCCAGAGGAGAGGGAGCUGCUGGCGGCGGUGACCGAGCGGGGCUACCCUCUCCGUACGGCCAUCAUCGCCCUCCAGAAAACUGGCCAGCAGGGUCCAGAGCAGAUCUUGAGUUAUCUGGUAGCGUGUGAUCGGUUAUGUGAACUCGGCUAUGAUGAAGCUCAGGUUGAAGAAGCACUUGAGAUGUUUCAGAACUGUGAGACCAAGGCUGAGGAGUUCCUUCACCUUCUUGCUCAGUUUCAUGAAAUGGGCUUCCAGCAGAACGCUAUUAAGGAGGUUCUUCUGGUGCAUGAGAACCACAGAGAGCGAGCGCUGGAGGAACUCAUGACCCGCGUGGCCUGAUCCAGUCCGUGUUAUGAUGCAAUGAAUUAGCUGCGAUCAUGGUUUGUGCUAUUCACCGGGCUCAUAUAGCUGUUGCUUAUUUAUCAUAUGCUGAACUGUGUUUAUUCAUUGCGCUUUCUAGAAAUGUGUUGAGGCCUUAAAGACAAGCACAGUUUGACAGUCGACACCAGAGAAUGACUCUGUAACAGGGGCGAUUCUAGGAUUUUCAUUUUAGCCCCCAAUGAGGGUA